CCGGCCGCGUCCCGGCCGCCCUUGGCCCGCGGCGUCCCGGCGGCCGCGAUGCUGUGCUACGCGGAGGCGCCGCUGUGGUCGCUGCCGGCGCUGCUGGGCGCGGCGCUGGCGCUGGUCCGCGGCCCGGCGCUGGGCUGCCUGCUGGCGGCCGGCCUGGCGCUGGCGCUGCAGCUGCUCAGCCUGGCGCCCGCCGCCCCCCACAGCGCCCGCCGCGUCCUGCGGCCCCGCGGCCGCCCCGCCCGCAUCGCCCACCGCGGCGGCGCCCACGACGCGCCCGAGAACACGCUGGCGGCCAUCCGAGAGGCAGCUGCGAAUGGAGCAACGGGUGUUGAGCUGGAUCUUGAAUUUACUGCAGAUGGUGUUCCCAUUCUAAUGCACGAUGAAACAGUAGAAAGGACAACUGAUGGGUCUGGAAGAUUGUGUGACUUGACUUUUGAUGAAAUUAGGAGGCUUAAUCCGUCUGCAAAACAUAGGCUGUGGAGAAAAUUCCAAGGUGAGAAGGUACCAACUCUGAGAGAAGCUGUCGUGGAGUCUAUGCGUCACAAUCUUACAAUCUACUUUGAUGUCAAAGGCCACGCAAGUCAGGCGGUUGAUGCCCUAAAGCAACUCUACCUGGAAUUUCCACAUUUGUAUAAUGACAGCAUAGUCUGUUCUUUCAUGCCAGAUGUUGUUUAUAAGAUGAGACAAGCUGACAGUAAUGUUGUAACAGCACUGACAUACAGGCCUUGGUUUCUGAGUCAUUUUGGAGAUGGAACACCCCAUUUCAAUUCCUUCUGGAAACAUUAUUUGUAUAUGAUGAUGGAUGUCAUUCUAGAUUGGAUCUUACACAGUUUCUUGUGGAGACUUUGUGGGGUUUCAGCUCUCCUUAUACAGAAAAAUUCGGUUUCUCAAGAGUAUGUGAGGUACUGGUCUUCGAAAGGAAUUGAAGUAGUUGCCUGGACAGUGAACACAUUUGCCGAAAAAAACUACUACGAAAGCGUCCUCGAAUCCAGCUACAUCACCGACAGCUUGGUGGAAGACUGUGACCCUCAUUAUUAGACCGACACUUCGCAGACACUUACCAGCCGGAAUAAAUGGUCUUACUCGGGCGGGUCUCCCACCGAGUGGUGCCCACGGGUGCAGAUGGGACCGUAAAUGCCAUUCUGGGAAGAGCUGUACCUUCUGCUCUGCAGUCAGAUCUGGAAUGCAGAACCCUCCCCGUUGCAGCACUGCCCAGAGCAGAGGUACAGCCACUCGCAGCCUGAGCGGAUCACACUGGAACCAUAAAGGCCUCAGAGCGAAGCGGGCAGGACGCUGGUGGUGCAGGUUGCUUUAUAAUUCUCAGACUAUGCAUUCGCUUUGUUUAAAUCUUGGUUAUAAAGUCAUAUCAGCAAUUUUUGGUGACAAAGUUUGAAAUCUCAUCUUGAUUUUAGUAAUUUAAACAUGUAACAGUUCAAGGUUGAUUUAUGACAUCUUAAAAACAUUUACAUUACUAUUCUCAAAACAGAACCUUAAAAUAAUGGUGCCAAAAUAGAAGGGGAGUAUAUUUCCCUCCUACUGCAUGGGAAGAUGGCCGUACUGUGUCUUGACAAGGAAGAAAAGCCAGAUUUCCACUUUCAAUGUGAAGACUAUGAGAAUUAAUGAGUAAAACUUGAAUAUCUUCUUAUCUUCCAGACUUUUUAAAAGAACCAAGGCAGGAUAGAAGAUUUCUUCUACUGAUACAGCACAUUAAUGUAUUUCUUUUUAAAAGAAAGCUGAAAUGUCUUCUUACUUUGCUUAUUGUUUGCAUGAUUGAAGGGCACUCACAAAGGUAUGUACGAAACUGUAAUCAGGAUUUGAGUCUGCAGAGAAUAAACAAAUACCUGAUAGCUCAUGGGUGCAGUAUUCUUUACUGGCUGUGCAGCAGUAGAUUGCACACGUGCAAAACCAGAAUUGAAUCUUGUGUCUUGUGUUGUGCAUAAAGUUUGUCCUUUUUUUCUGUACCUUUUGUGGCUAUUUUUGGUUUGUCUUUAACGUAAGUUAUGAGCAUGAGGAAAGAUAUGCCUCUUUCCUAAGGCAUUUUUAUGUUCAAAUCAGUGAGGGAGAAAUAAACCAGGCAGCAGCGGGAAAUGGGCUAAACUUC